GUUCGGGUGAACACACCUCCGUACACCAUGUCCUGUUACAUGGCUGCGGCGCUGCUCCUUCUGCACGGGAGCCUGUUCACCGGCCCAGUCCAGGCUCGCUUCGGCUCCGACAUCUCCACCGACAAUGCAGAUAACAGGUUUGCUAACAUGGGUCAGGUGACGGUGAAACAGUGGGCCGUGGUGGACGGGGAGGUGGACCUGAAGCUGAAUGUUGAGGACACGCCGGGCGAGCUGGAGGCCUGGAUCCUGGACUUCCAACCCUACAUGCACAACGACGACCAGCAGUGGCCUGUGGAAGACGGAUGGUUAUGGUCGAACCAGACCGGUGAGUGUUCCAGUGUGCACACGUCUGCAGAGUUCUACACGUUUCUGAACGACACCGGCUUCCAGUCCCUGUCUGGGACGGGCGGGAAGAACCUGUUCAACAGCUACACACGAGGAACACUCGGCAACGCCUCCCGCCGUGCAGACGAGGUGGCGUACUCCGGCCCGCUGAAGACCCUGCUGGACUGUAAGAGCCAGGGCAGUAACGAGUCCGUCUGGAACAUGACGUCAACGGAAGACGAGGUGGAGUUCCGCACCAGGCUUUACGUCAUCAACGUCAGACCGAAGGACUACUACCGGCCACAGAAAGGAGUGUCCUUCGUGCAGAGCCACAUCGACCUGAUCUGGCGGCUGUACCGGACGGCGCUGGCCCGGGUCAUCCUCAGCUCGUCCGGCCUGCUCAGACCCGUGUUCGAGUACGCCAUCGUCAGCACGGUGUAUGACGUCAACGGGGACCCAGACUGGUCAAAGGCCCGGUUAGAUCUCCGUUUCAUCACCAUCACGGACUCUGACGUCCAGAUGAGCGUGUACGUGAACGCCAGCGCGAACUACACGGCGCAGAACCCGGCUAACGGGCUGCGGGAGGUGGUGUCAGCCCCGCCCGUACAACCCGAGCAGACGCCGGCAUGUCAGCUCAUACCGCACUACAUAGACGGCGGCCUGCAGUGUCAUCAGGUGUGGGAUUUCACGUUCCUCCUGGACAUCGACACGACAUCACUGGUAGACGGGCAGCCGAUAGACGCCACCGGGGACUUCUCCUUCAUGUACGACUCCUACACAUGCGCGGUAACCAAUGGCAACGUCAACCGGACACUGUGCACCAAGGACGCCGUACCCGCCACCAAAGUGUCGGCGGAGAUCACGAUACAGACUACGGUAGAGCUGACGGACGCUGAGGCGGAUGAAAUCACUCUACACCUUCACAGGAUGGUCGGGUCUGACAAUGAGGACGUGAGCGUUAACGGCCGCCGCGGGGUGGCGCACCUUGAGAACGUGACUGUGGAGGUGAAGUUCUCUCCCGCCUUCCUGCGGCAGGACUACCAACUGGAGCUCACGCUGUUCAUGGUCUGCAUCGGGAACGUCACCGAACAUCCAGCGGGGUGUUUAGUGGCGGAUCCUGACGACCGUUACGUCGCCUGGAAGGAGCCACAUCUGGUGUUUGAGUACAACGGCACUACCUGGCGGCAUGGCGACUUUCUGUCGGACUACGAACAGCCGUUAUAUUGGCAGGGCUAUGUCCAUGAGAGCGCGGAGAACCCCACGCCUGUCCACCGGUCCCAGUUCACUAACCUUGCCCUGUCAGCCCAGUCUGCUCAGUACACCAUCACUACUGUCUUCUAUCUGGUGGCCAAGGAGGGCAGGAGAAGACGGGCCCUACCGGCAAGACAAAUCAUCAUGAACAAAGUCUUGGAACCUGAGAACGUUCAACCCGCUGAAACUGGCCUGGCCUUCUCCCGUACGAGACGUGACAUCAUGGACACCAUCGACGAACCCAAGAGCUUCGUCACCGGCUUCAGCUUCUCGGGCUGUCCCGAAGUCGCUAAAUACAACCCCUACCGCAGGACAUGCGAGUGUCCUGACAAGAUGGUGUACAAUUCACUCACAUUUACAUGUGAAGAGUUAGAACUGCCAGGAUCAGGGGGUGGGUCAAGUGGCACACCUGACAUAGGAGCUAGUUACGCCCUCUUGCUUUUGUCCUGUUUACUGCAACUUCUACACUGGUAAAUUUGAAAUGCUAGCAAGUCAGAAAGCUAGACAAAAAAAGAAGAAAAUCUAAAGUCUGUAACUGUGUUGAGAUAUCGUGAAGAAAAUUCUAUUAUAAUGUACGAAAAUGUCUAAUAUAUAUUUAUCUACAGAGCUGUACAAAUGAAGCAAUUUUGCCAAAUGAUAAAAUGUAUUUUUAAACACAGAAUAGACAUAAUAUAAAUCUUACACAAAUACACUAUAAAUCUUGCAGAAAUAUACAAUCUUUGUUCAUGUUGUGAAUGAUAUUCUACAUUUCAAUCAACAGCGUUUGAGCAAAGCAAAGAAUUCUU